UGGUGGAGACCUCUGAGCCAGGCUCCUAACCCAGGAGGGUGCAGGGGAGGGAGCCAGUGGGAGCAAGAUCGCAGCAGGUGUCCCCGUGCACCUGGAACAAGCGGCCCCAGGAGGAGGCCGCCUCGUGGGGUCGGAGAGGAGGGGGGAGAACCCCGCACCUGCUCUGCUCCCAGAUGAUCUGGGUGAGAGUCACGCCCCUUUGGUGAGCAGAGGGAAUACGCCUGGGUGCAAUCUUGGAAAUGGCGCAUGGCUUGUGGUCCAGGUGAGCGGGCAGGGAGGCUGCAGGCCUGUGGAGGGAGGCACAGUCGGCGGUGCCCUCGGAGGUGACCGGGCAUUUUGUGGCUCCGAUGUACGAUGGCUGGGGUGAGGGACACAGCAGGAUCCUUCCUGCCCUGGACUGUACUGCCCCUAGGAGGGCUGCCCCCGGCAUCCAGGGCAUCAGGGUGCCCCAGAACCACGUGGCACCAGCAACAAGUGUCCACAGCUGCCCGGGGGGACUGUGACCUGAAAUCCUGCUCACGAGGAAAAUGGACAGGAAGGGUCAGAGCAGCAGAACCAGCUCAGGGCUCAGAUGCAGAACCAGAACCAGAACCAGCUCAGGGCUCAGAAUGCAGAACCAGCUCAGGGCUCAGAUGCAGAACCAGAACCAGCUCAGGGCUCAGAUGCAGAACCAGAACCAGCUCAGGACACAGAUGCAGAACCAGAACCAGCUCAGGGCACAGAUGCAGAACCAGAACCAGAACCAACUCAGGGCUCAGAAUGCAGAACCAGCUCAGGACACAGAUGCAGAACCAGAACCAGCUCAGGGCUCAGAUGCAGAACCAGAACCAGCUCAGGACACAGAUGCAGAACCAGAACCAGCUCAGGGCACAGAUGCAGAACCAGAACCAGCACAGGACACAGAUGCAGAACCAGAACCAGCAUGGGACACAGAUGCAGAACCAGAAUCAGCACAGGACACAGAUGCAGAACCAGAACCAGAACCAGCUCAGGGCACAGAUGCAGAACCAGAACCAGCACAGGACACAGAUGCAGAACCAGCUCAGGGCACAGAUGCAGAACCAGAACCAGCUCAGGGCACAGAUGCAGAACCAGAACCAGCACAGGGCUCAGAUGCAGAACCAGCUCAGGACACAGAUGCAGAACCAGAACCAGCUCAGGGCUCAGAUGCAGAACCAGAACCAGCUCAGGGCACAGAUGCAGAACCAGCUCAGGGCACAGAUGCAGAACCAGAACCAGCACAGGACACAGAUGCAGAACCAGAACCAGCUCAGGGCACAGAUGCAGAACCAGAACCAGCACGGGACACAGAUGCAGAACCAGAACCAGCUCAGGGCUCAGAUGCAGAACCAGAACCAGCUCAGGGCAUAGAUGCAGAACCAGAACCAGCUC